AUGGGUGAGUCUACCGGCUUGGAAGCGAUGUACAGGUUCUGCAGAGCAGUGAUCGGUUCGUUCGGAGAACACUACCUCCGGCAACCUAAUGCAGAGGACACAGCCCGUCUGUUGUCAAUCAACGCUUCCAGAGGGUUUCCUGGGAUGCUUGGCAGCAUAGACUGCAUGCACUGGGAGUGGAAGAACUGCCCCUUUGGUUGGCAGGGGGCACACAUCGGUCAUUCUGAGGGGUGCAUUGUCAUUCUUGAAGCUGUUGCUUCACAGGAUACAUGGAUUUGGCACUCAUUCUUCGGAAUGGCUGGCUCGCACAAUGACAUCAAUGUGCUGCAGCGCUCUCCGGUGUUUGAUAGGCUAGCGUACGGUCAGUCCCCUGAUGUGGGUUUUGACAUCAAUGGCCACCACUACACCAAGGGGUACUACCUUGCUGAUGGUAUCUAUCCACCUUGGGCUACACUCGUGAAGACAAUCCGAAAACCCAACUCAGACUUACCAUCGCUCACAGUUGAGUCACGGUGCCUCACGACUCAGCCACCCGUAGCUCAGGGAAAAAUGAGCGCACACUACGACUGUGGUAGCAGCAUUUUUGGUGGGCCCCUCAUCACGGCCCUGUCGUCGGACGUCUUCUCCACGUUGAUCACAUGCGCGCCGACGAAAUGUGUCGCCGACUCCAAGGGCGGCAAAUUUUGUCGGGUCGCAAACCGAUGCGGAGGCGGCACGCCGCCAGCCACCGCUUCCAUAGGAGCGUGA